AUGUCAGCACACGAAUGGCAAGCACCGGGACCAGGUGACAAAAGGUCGGCAUGUCCCGCGUUAAAUACUUUAGCUAAUCAUGGAUAUUUGCCUCGAGAUGGUGAUAACAUUACAUCUCAACAAUUAAUUAAAGCACUUCAAGAUGCAUAUAAUCUAUCAGGUGUUCUUGCUACUGUUUCCACAUAUAAUGCUGUGGUUACGAAUGGAUUAUUAUUUCAAAAGACAUA